AUGAGGAGGAGACGCGAGACACAAAAGCGGGGCCCGAGGGGAAUGCCCGGGCCCGGCGAGGGCCCCUCCGCAUACUUCCGAGCGGACCGUGCCCGCGCCGGUCCCCAGACGCCGCCUGCCUUUUUUCCUCCUCCCCACUUUUUGGCUCGGCUGCCCCCGGCGGCGCUCGGAGUCCCGCCCCGGCCGCUCCCCGCCCCCUCGCGGCGGCUCCCGCUGCGCGACUUUGUUGCCACCAAAAGGAGGGGGUACGCGCCCAACAAAAGGACGCGGCUCCAGGCGGCGCCUCCGCGCGCGGCCCGCCGGAGUCGGUGGAGGGGCGGGGGCCGGCUGGCCCCUCUGGGUUUGGGGGGACGGCGGGCCGGUGUCACUGACCGGGCUGCCCAACCUCGGCCGCCGCCGCCUCCCACCCAACUUACGUGUCACCCACGGCCCCGCUAUUCUGGCCAACGGGAUUCCGGGAGGAAGUCCCACUCGGGCUCCCCGCUCAUUGGGCCCGUCCGAGCCUCCGCUCCCUCCCUUCGGGGAGGCAGUGCGGGGCUCGAUUGGACGCCCGCUUUGUCCGUCCGACCCCGGGGCCGCGCCUUCCCUCCCACCCUGGGGGCCGGCGAGGGGCUCCGUGGGCAGAGCGGCCGCCUGGCGCCGGGGUGCGCCCACGUGGAGUGCGGGUGGGUGGGGAGAGGCCGCAGAGCCAGGGCCCGGGAGGUGGGGUGCGUGGGCGACGUGUCCCGGCUUGCGGCUGGGCGAGGUACGGUGCGCACGUGUGUGAGUGCAGCCAGUGGGCAGAUGCGGCAGACACACGGGAUAGCUACACCGUCAGCAUAAUCUGCGUAGCCGGACUGGAGAAGCCUUGCGGAUGGACUCUGGCCCCAACCCGGGGGCUAGGGGGAAUGCGUGUGUGCCCGCUGAUGGCAAGACACGGUCUGGGGGACUCACGUACGCUAACGCGCUACUUACUGCUCAACUGUCCGUGUGGAUUGGGGAAAUGAGCUUGCCUUUAGCAGAGGGGAAAGAAGUGACCUCAUAUUUCCCCCCAGCUUCCAAACAGAAUAACUUAAAGAUAAAUCUCAGAGGCUGAAAUAAGUAUGCAUACGUUUCGUCACAUGUAUUUGUUUGAUCGGUGGCAGAAAUACAUCAGUUACAUCGGUAAAUUACACUUUAAAGGCCAACAAAGGUUCCCUAUGUAAAACAGAGUAAAACAAACUUAACCACAAACCUCUUCAAAAAAGAAAUCUAAUUCAAAGAGAACACUGCUUUUGUUCUUUCUAUGUACUUGAGAGGGAAAAAAAUUGAGGUUGAUAAUUUUGUUUUUGCUCUUGACCUGACUUCUAAGAAAGUAAAUUAUUUCUCAAAUGCCU